ACAGCUGUUUUUUUUUAUAAACAACUCGAAGUUAUUUUUAUUUGUGUUAUUUAAAGGAAAUAUUGCAAAUGGAACAACUUAUAGAUGUGAGCUGCAUUAAGAAGGAGUACACGGAAGCUAACAAUGCAGAUAAAUACAAUGUUAACAUGGAAAAAGUAACAGUAAAUGAAUUGGACAUAGGACCCGUAAAAAUAGAACCGGGUGUUAGCAGAGCGAUAAAGGUGGAGUGGGAGGAGGCACAACCGAAGCUGGAGUCUGAAGAGAAAGCUGUAAGCGGCAAAACCGACUCGCAACGGCCACAAGCCGCACAUCAAUUGCCUGCCGUUAGCAAAUCGAAUAAUCGCCGCAUUGUUGUGCGUGAGCUACAUCAACGUCUGCUGAAACUCGACAUGGCCAUUCAACCCAGCAACAGAUCAGCGGCCCAUCCACGUUCGUUAGCUCCAUCUAAAUCCAGCGCACAGCGCAUGCGGGAAAUGCGACAACGCCGCAGGAAUGCCGACAGUGCACCACAUCCGGCGACUGGACAGCGUAUGCAGGAUCUGCGUCAGCGUCUCAUGAAUUUGGAGCAGCGCAUCAAACUGCCCGCCAGUAGAACAAGUAGCCAAAGAAGCCUUGAGCCCCAUUCGCGUCUGCUGCAACCGAAAAAAGUCCAGACGCCUGUCCAGACUGAAAACAAAUCAAGCGAGACACGAACGCCGCCCAAAUCAAGUGCUCAGCGCAUGCGUGAGCUGCGUCAGCGUCGUCGGGAUCUUCAGAAUGACAAUAAAUCUGCCGAGCAGAAAAGUAACACCACCAGCUCGCGUCCACAGACACCGCCCGAUCUGAGCGUCAAGCGUAUGCGUGAAUUUCGACAGCGUCUUCUGGAACUGGACAAAUCUCACAAAGGCAAACACAGCGAGAGCAUGAGAAAAACUGAUCAAGUUCGAAUAAGCUGACUAUUGCAAAAGUUUCAAUUUCAAUUUUAUAAUAUUUGAAUACAAGUACUGAGAAAUGCCAGGUAGCCAUUGCAGAGUACUUCAUCUAGCAGGUUAUUUCCAUGCAAUACGAUUUUCUGAAAAUAUUUUUUUGUACUUGUCGCAUAUGUUUACGCACCUUGUAGAGGGCCUACAACAUUUUGCCAAAAUACUUCUGAUAAUUAUGUCAAAUAACUGCCUCGAAAACAAUGAUAUAAAAAUACUUGUCGAUAUAGCAUAUAAAAUAUAAAAA